AUGUUCAAAUCCGCUGUUGUCAUCUUGGCCGUCGUUGCCUGCGUUGCUGCCAAGCCCGGACUCCUGGGUGCUCCUCUGGCCUACUCUGCUACCCUGGCCUACGCUGCCCCUGCUCCAGUCGUGACCGCCACCAGCAGCCAGGUGAUCGCCAGGAACUACAAUGGAAUCGCCGCCGCUCCAGUGAUUGCUCCCGUGGCUGCUCCAGUGGUCGCCAAGUAUGCAGCUGCUCCUCUGGCGUACUCCUCUCCCCUAGCUUACUCCUCGCCUUUGACCUACAGUGCCCUGCCAGCUGCUCCGGUCCUUGUCUAA